AUUCACACUGCUUGGGUCUGCAAUGAAUGCAUGCGUGUGCAGCUGGGAUUAUUGCAUGUCAGUGGCACUACGAGUAUUGUAAUAGAUGAGGCAGGCAUGGGGUCCCCAGUGAGAGUCUCUGGGUGUAUAAAACCAGCUUUUUCCUGGACACAAACAGCCGCUCCUAACACUUGGAUGUACAUCUACCGCAGCACCGGACACUGGACUGGGAGGAAGAGUUUUGUCUUAAUUUCCAAGUUAAAUUGUGUGUUUUCUUUUCUACUGGUCUUACAUUAAUGACAGGAGCUGCUUCUGUUGGUCAGAAGUGGAAGAAAGACCUGGAGUGAACAACAUUUUAAAGACAAAAACGACAAUUUGUUCAUAUUAUUCAUCCUGUAAACCUUCAAACAAUGGAUGGUCCUCAUCUGUCUCGGAGCUGUGAACUAUCUCUGCCCUGCUGUGCAGACGGGGGGUCACUAUCGUGCACCAAGACUCCCCAAGUCAGUGGGGUCAGAGUUCAGCUGGAGAUGCAUGCGCUUUGGCAGCAGUUUGACCAGCUGGGCACAGAGAUGAUUGUUACUAAAGCUGGAAGGAGGAUGUUUCCAACAUUCCAGGUGCAAAUCUCCGGGAUGGAUCCUACUGCUGAAUAUGUCCUGCUCAUGGACUUUAUCCCUGUUGACGAUAAAAGAUACAGAUAUGCUUUCCACAGCUCAUCUUGGUUGGUGGCAGGGCGAGCGGAUGUCAUAGCCCCAAGCAGGAUGCAUUUCCACCCAGACUCACCUGCAUGUGGCGCCCAGUGGAUGAAGCAGACAGUUUCCUUCGACACUCUCAAGCUCACCAACAACCUGCUGGAUUACAACGGACAUAUGAUAUUGAACUCCAUGCAUCGCUAUCAGCCGCGCUUCCAUGUGGUGUAUGUGGAUCCAGCUCCCAACAGUCACUUAAAUGCAAACAGGAACUUCUGCUCUUUUUCCUUCCCUGAGACACGCUUUAUGGCAGUCACUGCCUAUCAGAAUCAUCGGAUAACCCAGUUAAAAAUUGCUAGCAACCCAUUUGCUAAAGGCUUCAGGACUACAGACCUGCAGGACCGAGUGGGUUUUUCCGGACACCUAGAUGUGUGGUGUCCACCAGAGGGCAGAGCUGAGUCAUUCACCACCAAACCCAGAGAGCAGAGAAGCUGGGGAUCCAACACUUCAACCAGAAAGGAGGACCCGGCCCCGUUGAUGGUGGAGCAGUGUGGACUAUUCCACCACCUUAAAGACACUGUGGGGACAUAACAUGGAGAGUAAGGACAGGGACAGUGUAUUAGCACCCACUUCUUUCCCCUCUAUGCCUUCCUACUGGGACUGUCUAGGACCAUCUCAAGAGAGAGACGGUCUAUUGUAGGAAAAGAGAAGCGAAACGUAUUGAGCUUUGAAUUGAAUUCAACUUACUUGCUUCCUCAGCUGAUAUCAAUGUUAAUUUGUGUUGUAUUAUAAAUGUAUAUACUUAUUUUCUGUCUCUCAAACAUUUUAUAGUCAACCUAUGCCAAUGUAUUAAGUCAAAACCACAAUGACAUGUCAACUGUUAGACACUUUUAUCCAAACAACUUACAUAGAUUCAAUACUGUCGGCAAUCCCCACAGGAGCAAUAUGCGGUGAGAGGCAGUGGGAAUGGCACCAGCGCUCCCUUUAUUCGAAGAUCACUCACUAGCCCACUGAGCCAUCUAUUUACAUUUCCUUUCAAAUGUCUAUGUCUGUGUCAUGGUGGAAUAAAUUAUCUGGAACAAGCCACUUUUAUAAGAAAGUUUAAUUUUACAUUCUGCUCUUGUCUAUCUUACUCUAUUUUACAUAUGGAUUUCUGCAUUUACUGUACUUGGUCACUUGCAACAUUCUCUGCAACAUUUAGCUUAUUGUAUUCUAUUUGACAUUUAUAUAUUUUACUUCUCUUGCAAAAUAAUCUUGCACUAUUUUAUUUCAUUUCGUUAGAAAAAGUGGUGGGGACAAUUUCUCUAGAUUUAACAUCAGCAUAGUAGGAGACAAAAGAUGUUCCUCCCUUGGUGUUGAACCUUGAGCACCUUCAUGAAAAGCCAGUGUUUAGACCUCUGGACCACAAUGUGUUUUUAAAACAUUAACAACGCACAACUAUAGGUCUUGCUAUGAUGUGAUUUGGAGUGAAUUUGUACUUUUAUGCACACAAGGAGCACACAGGUUUGGAGGACAGAACAUGAAAUACGUUUUUAAAAAGUACCUUUUCCAGCUAUGACUUCAUCAUUUUUGAACAACAGUCCAUAAUUUGGCUGUGGCUAAGAGGACGAGCUGUUGUCUUUGAGUCAGAGGGUGGUGGGUCCAAUCCCAGCCAUGCCGUUAUCAUGUUGAUUUAUCCUGUAUUGUGCUAUUUGAGGGGGACUGGUCAGACGAAGUGAAAUAAAAUAUUAUAGCAACUCAAAGAUAUUGUUAAAGACACAUGCACAAGGUUCAGAGCAAUUGAAAGUACAAUUGUUAUAAAUGUUGUGGUAUCCAUAGAAUAAAAGGCUACAUUGUGUGAAACAUGCCCAGACACAGAAAUUAAUAAAUAUAUUAAUGUUAGUAAAAAUAAAUGUAGAAAUACAUUAAA